AUGACGAAAGCACCACGACUCCACUUUCACGAACGAGCUGCGCCAACAUGUCCCCUACCCAGGACGCGCAUCCGGCCAAUUGGUAUUCACUGCAGGGACUUUGAACCUAAAUAA